GAGACGUUUGGGAAAAAAAAUAAUGGCGGGGGAAAGUGGAACCAUUUGUUAGUGAAAGGGUCGUGUCCCUUUUGGAGGUGUUAAUUCUGGUAAGACUUUAAUAUGAUUUUUCUUUGUACAGCUGUGAAUCUUUUGCAUCGAGAUUAAACCACGGAAGGAUGAGCUUGAUUCCUUGCACACGACAGGAGAUUUCGGUGUAAAUUACCAGGUCGUGCAUUUGGAGCAACAUACAGUAGUAAGAGACGGGGGUCCUUCUCAUAAUGCUUUCUUCUUUCGUGCGAGGAAUUCAGUGUAGCGAUAAGCUGUUGGGAUCCACCGGGAAUUGGCCGAUCAUACCCCAUCGGAAAGUACUUCAAAGGACUUGGGCGCGCCUAACGCUCGGGAAAGGAUCCAUCCACAGCGAGGGCGCCCCUGCCUUGCGCCCUGGGAUAGCAUGUGGGCGAAUACAAAAGCGAAACCUCUGGAUCCAGACGGGGGCUCUCAGCGCAGGGAAGCCUGAAAGCAGCGCGCAGGUGUCUGUGCAAAGAAGCCAGAAAGGAGGGGCAUCUCUGUCACCCGCUCAGAAAGUGAAAGAAGCUGGAAGAGAUUUCACCUACCUAAUAGUGGUGGUGGUUGGGAUCGGCGUCACAGGUGGUUUAUUCUAUGUGAUUUUCAAGGAACUGUUCUCUUCUUCCAGCCCCAGUAAGAUUUAUGGAGAUGCCUUGGAGAAAUGCAGAGCUCACCCUGAGGUAAUAGGGUUUUUUGGAGAACCCAUCAAAGGUUAUGGUGAAGCAACUCGUCGUGGGAGAAGACAACUGGUCAGCCACAUUGAGUACAUAAAAGAUGGGCUGAAAUACAUGCGCCUGAAGUUCUAUAUUGAGGGCUCAGAAAAAGGAAAACAAGGGACGGUUCAUCUAGAAGUGAAAGAGAAUCCUGACAGUGGAAAAUAUGAAUAUCGUUAUAUAUUUGUGGAUAUUGAUGUCUAUCCCCGAAGAACCAUAAUAAUCGAAGAUAAUAGAUAACAAAAUGAUUAGAAUAACCUUAUUAUACUUGUUCAUGGAACUGCAGUUUGCAAAAAUGGAAUAAAUGCAGGAAGAGUUCACAGAAGGGUCACUUUGCAUCCUUAUAAAAUGUUGCUAAUGCAUGUGGGCUAUAAUUCUGUUGGAUAAAUAUUGGAAAUAGGGAGUCAUGGUUUUAAUAGAAAACACAACAGUGUUGAUGCAUGUAGUAUAAGUUGGUAGCAAUGUGACCCAGCAAUUCAUCAAAUAUUUUUGAUGGUGAAUCCAUAUGUGUGUGUGUGUGUGUGUGUGUGUGUGUGUAUGCACGUGCACAUACACACUUUUUUAGAAUUUCAAGAUGAAUUUUUCUGUUAGAAACUGGAUUUUGUAUCAAUCAUGCAAUAAAGAAAACAUAAAAUGAA